UCCAGAGGCCUUCUUCAAAGAUUUUAUCUGCAGCUCUGCUCCCAGCGCAGAACCUACGCCAGCGAUCUUGAAAAAUCCCAAGAAGAACUCUCUGAAAGCUGUUAGCCAACAGAGAGGUUCACUGCAAGAACCAUGGAUAACAAUUACCUUUAUUCCAACCAAGGAGGGGCUUAUUCAUGCCAUCUUCCACCUGGAUAUGGACAUUAUCAAGAAUAUGUGCAAGAUAUCACUG